AAAAUCUACUAAAAAUGUCAGGUUCCUAUAUAGCACAUUUUGUUUAAAAAAAUAUCUCAAAUUUACCCUCAUAACUCCAUCGCCAAAUUAAGGAUCAGGUAAUCAGGUUACUUCAGUUACCUGACUAAUUAAAACCCUGGAAGCCGGGUCACGUACCCGCAUAAGAAACCGAAGUUGUUCUCUCCUCGCUUUUUCCCUCUUGCGCUAGCGAAAAAGCAAAUCUUUUCAGGUGAAAGGAGCGAUUCCUCGGUGCCCCGCGACUCGCUGAGCUCGUGCACCCCUCUUGGAGAAGAGGCGUUUCUGCUUCAAACGAGAAGCAAUCUCGCGCCUUUUAUUUUUGUUCUCAGUUUAUAUAGCGGCGGCAGGCGAGGCGCUGCUCAGAUCUACUCGACAGAGGGGGAGGCACCGGAGCUGCAAGAUGGGGCCAACCGCCUCCGGCGAGGACCAGGCCAUGUCCGAGCUCCGUGAAAAACAUCGUGUGGACCUGGAGAGACUAACACUGACAUCACGGCCAUUCAAGACAUUGGAAUUCUUUGUGUUAGCCAUUGCUCAGAGUUUGGGAAGAACAUGUUCCUGUGUUCUGAAAAAAGGUGCUCGGUUGAAAAUUGUGGUUCUUUUGGUUGUUUCUACCUGGGUUCUGCUCUUGUUCACUGAUGGUCCACAUGAAAGGCAUGUCCAGGAGCUGCUUUGGUAUGUCAAAUUUGGAUUAUGGUGGGUCGUACUAGGGGUCACUUCAUCCAUUGGAUUAGGUUCUGGUUUGCACACUUUCGUAUUAUAUUUAGGUCCCCAUAUUGCCCUUUUUACCAUCAAAGCGGUUCAGUGUGGUAGGGUUGAUUUAAAAAGUGCUCCUUAUGACACUAUUCUCCUUAAAAGGAGGCCAUCAUGGUUAGAGAAAGACUGUCUGGAGUUUGGACCCCCGAUACAUCAGGCAACAAUUCCAUUCAGCACAAUACUGCAAGAAGUUUAUCUCGAAGCUGUUCUUUGGGGCCUUGGAACUGCACUUGGAGAGCUUCCUCCAUAUUUUCUGUCAAGAGCAGCUAGCAUGUCAGGCCGCAAAAUAGAUGAGUUAGAAGAAUUGGAUGCUUCCAUUUCAGAAGGCUUUCUAUCGUCAACUUUACAUCAGGCCAAAAGCUGGCUCAUGUCUCAUUCACAGCAUCUAAACUUCACUACAAUCUUGCUACUUGCUUCGGUGCCAAACCCUCUGUUUGAUCUUGCUGGUAUCUUGUGUGGACAAUUUAACAUCCCUUUCUGGAAGUUUUUUCUAGCAACUUUGAUUGGAAAGGCUAUUGUUAAAGUUUGCAUCCAGACAACAUUGGUGAUUACUCUCUGCAAUAACCAACUUCUUGAUUUGGUGGAGAAAAGGCUUAUAUGGGCAUUUGGCUAUGUUCCUGGAGUGGCAUCCGUCCUACCUUUUUUAGUUGCCAAGUUGAAGACAGCCAAGAAUAAGUUUUUAUCAGCUCAUGUUGCUGCAUCAGCUUCUGUUGCUGUGAAGGGAAAGAAAUGGAACCUAUCAUUCUCCUUGAUCUGGAAUACUGUGGUGUGGCUCAUGGUUAUAAACUUCAUUAUUCAGAUAGUUACUUCUACAGCACAGGGUUAUGUCAGGACACAACAAGAGCUAGAGAUCUGUAAGAAGUUGUCAGAAAACAAACGUUCUGCUUCUGAACCUUCUGUUGGUGUAUCGAAAUGAUUCAGCUCGGGUAUUCAAUCUGAUUUCUCCAAUUAUGUGUAUACAUAUAUCAGGUUCAGAGAGGGAACUUACAUGAAGAUUAUGUGUAUACAUAUAUGGGUAACUGAUUUGAGAAAUUCGAAGCAUGGUCAUCAACAGUGUGCUGCUACUAUUCGUCAGGAAAGAACAAUAUUGAUACAUUGCAACAUAACCAUCCCAUUGAGCCAUCAGCGCAAGAUUAAGACUCGCCUGCAUUAUUGUGGAGCACUACUUAUUGCUCUAUUUCAUUAAAAAAAAAACGAAAAGUGAAAAGCUUGCUUAGUGCUGAAAAUGUAAUGCCGCACCAGCUACAAUUGCGGGCUUUGUACAUAGCAACCAGGAUAUUAGAAAAAGAAAAAUAAAUAUCUCAAUUUUACAAGUUA